AUGCAAGAAAUUAUAUAUUUGGUCCUCUUCUUUCGGCUUACUAGUGCUUAUUUUCUCGAUACUGAACUGAAAAAUGCAGCUAGAGAAACCGCUUGUUUGAAUAAACCAUUCAGUUUACGAUGCGAUUGCCCGGCAAUGCCGACAACUUGGGCAAAACUGCCUGAUACAUGCCCAAUAGAAACUAAUGAACAGUACUGCGUAAACGAUGCGGAAGGAAAACUGGACAUUAUACAUGUUCGGACAACUGAUGCAGGCUACUUUGAAUGUGUAGCUGGUGGUCAGAAGCAUUAUUUCUACUUGGAAACCAAAGAAUGCUAUGAUAUUCCGGGCAUGGCAAGUUUUCUAGACCAUUUCUUACUUGGUUUUUCAUUGGAUAUCUCAAUUUUUGAAGAUGCACGAUGUGUUAUUUGUCCACCGCAAUCGGCAACGGUACCAAUUGAAUUUACAGAAAAACCAAGACCACAACGUGUCUCAAUGCGAUCAAUUGUUCCGCUUUACUGCGGAAUUACUAGAUGGGAUACAGCAGAAAUUUCAUGGUAUAAAGACGGUCGUUUGUUGAACGAAAGACCGAUACGUAGCGCUCGAACUGGCUUAAUCAUUUUCGAUUUUGACGCCAGCGAUUGCGGAUGUUAUAAAUGUGUAGUAAAAUUCCCCGGUGGAUCUAUUGAAGCAAUAGCCGACCUUUCGUUACAAUAA